GAAGCGCCCGGGGCUCUCUGGCCUUCCAUUUAGCACCAUGGCUGGGAAAAGGAGCGGCAAGAAGCUCGUGACGAAGUCCGCCACCAAGAAGGAUAAGAAGCAGAAGGAGCAAUUGAUGAAGGGAAUCCGGGAGAACAACAAGCGGUCGGAGGACCUCGCCCACAAAACCAACUUGGAGGAGCUCAUGGAAUGGCUGGAGGGCCAUCCCGAGGCCACCAGUGCCAUGUUGUGUCAGGUCCGGGCUGGGUCGUGGGACAGCGGAUCCGAGAGCGAAGAGGAGGAGCGUGUCCCGGCCUAUCAGAACAAACUCAAUGUCCUCAGCAAGGAAAACAUCUUCAAGAUCGUGUCCUCCUUCAGCAAGGUCCUCUCUGGGUGGUUGCAGGGCCUUCCGAAGAAGACACAAAAGGGGGAGCUCGGUGCGGUGUUGGCGUUCUUGACGCACAUGGAGCCGACGAGCGCCUUGCCCACCAAAGCGAUGGUGGCCUUGCAAAAGUACCUCGGAGAGCGCUGGGACCGACAUGGACAGCGAGGUGAGGCAUGGCUGAAGGAGAAGGCCGAUGAGGGCGACAAGUGCCCCCCCCUGGAGGACUUCUGGGCGGCAAACAGCUACUGGUGCCUGCUGAACAAGGAGACCGUGACCGUGAGGUACAUCCCCCAGAAGCUCGACCUGGCCAUCCCGGAGUACAUGCAGUCGGAGAAGGAACUGGUGACGCUUAACCUCGGGGGCCUUUGCAAGGCCCUCCAGAAGGACAAGAUGCUCACAGGCACGGGCAACUUCGACGAGGAAGAUGAUGAAGAGGAGCCUGACCUCGAAAACCCGGAGGAGAAUGAGGCUGAGGACUGA